UAAACCACUCUACAAAACCAGAGGCUCUGGAUUCAGCAGUGACAUCUGCAAAAGAUGUUGAAGAAAUAAAGAAUGUUACAUGUGUAGAAGAACAAAGCAAUGGUCUCAAGAAAGCUACAAAGGACACUUGCACAGCAAAUGGAAGUACUUCUGUAAGCAGUGAAACAUCUGACUGGGAUAUGAACUCUCGAGAUAAAGUUAAUGCCCAGGACUCCUUAAAUGAUAGCACUGAUCACAAAAUGGACAGUGAGGUCACUAAUGAUUUGACAAAUACAAAAGAAUCUCAGAGUUUUUCAGAACAAGUUGAUAGAACAGUGAUAGAGAAGCAGCAAACCCAAGACAAGACAACAAAUGACUUGGACUUUGAACUGUCUAGUGACAGUGAAAGUGACGGUGGAUUGGAUACCAGAAAGUCAUCCACUUCUGUAUCAGAUAGUGAGAACGAGGAAAAGAGAAGCUGGAAGAAAUCCAAACAACCUCUGCAGGAUGAAAAUUUGCAGAAAGGGAGUUGCCCUGAUGUGAGUGAGAAAAAGGAUGGUCUGGUGAACCAUUCUGGGGACACGCAAUCUCUACCUAGUGAAAAUAUUCAUGACAAGACUGAUCUUGAAGCACAAGAAGAAAGUGAACAGGAAAGCCUUUGUGAUUUAGGAAAUGGGUGUGCAGACAAGAAGGAAGCUGAAACAGAGUCUCAGAAUAGUGAACAGUCUGGAAUUACAAUGGGUGAGUCCUUAGACCAGAGUAUGGAGGAAGAAGAGGAGGAGGAUGAUACAGAUGAUGACGACCAUUUAAUAUACCUCGAAGAGAUCCUUGUGCGGGUUCACACUGAUUACUACACAAAGUAUGAUAAAUACCUGAAAAAAGAGAUUGAGGAAAUUCCAGACAUCAGAAAAAUAGUACCAGAACUGAAAAGUAAAGUGUUGGCAGAUGUAACUAUAAUAUUUAGCGGACUCUACCCAACAAACUUCCCCAUUGAGAAAACACGGGAACACUAUCAUGCCACAGCACUUGGAGCUAAAAUUGUGAAGAAUCUAGUAGUGAGUGCUGAUGAUCCUGACAAAGCAACGCAUCUCAUUGCAGCAAGGACAGGCACAGAAAAAGUACGGCAAGCUCAGGACUGCAAGGACCUCCAUGUUGUAAACCCCGAUUGGCUGUGGAGCUGCCUGGAGCGCUGGGACAAGGUUGAGGAACAGCUCUUUCCCUUGAAGGAUGACUAUAUCAAAACACACAGAGAGAACAGCCCUGCCACGUUUCCUGAUACACACAGCACUUUUCAGACAGCUCUGUUUCACCCAACACCCAUCCAUCCAAAGUCUCAACCUGGUCCUGAAGUUCGACUUUAUGAUCCUAACACUGGAAAGCUAAUCAGGAAAGGUGCUCAGACCUCUGGCCAGUCGAUGUACAUCCAGUCUCCAGCUCCUCCCAUCACCUUACCAGUCCACGGUGAACACUCGUCCUUCAGAGUUGUUCAACCACAUCAGCAGCAGAUGUUCGAAGAAGAAGACCUACCAGCGAGUGAAAAUGAAGAGCAGCCUGGUCCAUCUAAGCGGAAACGCCAGCCAAGUAUGUCUGAGACAAUGCCCCUGUACACCCUAUGUAAAGAGGAUUUAGAGAGUAUGGAUAAAGAGGUGGAUGACAUCUUAGGAGAAGGCAGUGAUGAAAGUGAUAGUGAAAAAAAAAAGCCAGAAGAGGAAGGUGAAAAACCUCAGAUUAGUGCAACAGAGACUUUAGGAAUGAAAACAGGUCAGAGACCUGGAUCAUCAUCGUCGUCAUCAUCAUCGUCAAGUGAAAGAAGCUUAACAGGCAGUGUACCCAG